AGAAACCUUCAUUCUAAGACGAUGUCAACUGAAACUAUUGUUUUGGACAUUCACAGGGUCAAUGAUUUGAAGACUGGUACACUGAUAGGAACUGACAAGUAUGGAAACAAAUACUAUGAAGACAAAAGAAACUUCUUUGGUCGACACAGAUGGGUCAUCUACACUAAUGAAAUGAAUGGCAAAAAUACAUUUUGGGAAGUUGAUGGAAGUAUGGUGCCCCCUGAAUGGCAUCGCUGGCUUCACUCAAUGACGGAUGACCCUCCAACUACUCAUCCACCAGUUUCUCGUAAAUUUAUCUGGGAGAAUCAUAAAUUCAAUCUGAGUGGCACUCCCGGACAGUACGUACCUUACUCAACUACUCGCAAGAAGAUACAAGAGUGGAUCCCACCUACAACAGCUAGCAAAUAACAAUAACAAAAAAUGUGACUUGUCUCAGCUUUGGCUUUCAGCAUAAAUUGUAUUUUCACUGAUUUUGUUCAAAAUAAAAGGGUCCUAUAACA